CUUUAUGACAAUGACAUUGACAAAUGAGAUAACAACAUUCAACAAAUAAUGUGAUGUAAAAAGUAUGAAAACGAAGAGAAACUUGUAAAAAAAUAACAGAGAAAUAAUAUACUACCUAAAAAUGAAGUUAAAUAAUGCAGAAGAGGCCUCCCGUUUGAAUCCAUGUCUGAAGGAGCAAAAUCAAUCUUAUGAGUGCCUAAACAAGAAUGGAUAUGACCAGAAAAAAUGUGAAGCUUAUUUUGACAACUAUAACACAUGCAAGAAAUUCUGGAAUCAAGUAUUUAGAGACAGAAGAGCAAAAGGCAUAAAACCUCAUUUGCCUGAUGUAGAAGAAAGGGAGAAAGUUAAAGAGGAAUAUGUUAAAGCUUGGGGGAAUUAACGUCAUUUAACAAUAGCAUUUCUAUUUAUACACAGACAAAUAGCACAGAUUAUAUUAAGGAAUUAUAUUCAAAGCAGUUGCAAUAAAAGUACAAACAAU